AUGCCCGUCGCAAAGAAGAAGGGCGCCGUCUUUGGCAUCUACGCAGACUCCCCCGCCAAAGACCCCCACCCACAGCCCACCCGCUCUUCUCCCAGGCGGCCUGCCAACACGGCUCGCAAAGCCCUCGCUUCCAAGCCUGUCGCUCCAACAGCAGCCGCGUCCUCCAAAUCACUUGCUUCUGCCACCUCCCUCAAGGGCAAGUCCCUGCUCGACACUUCUUCCUCCAAACCCAAGUCGACAAAAUCCUCUCUCCAGAUCUUUUCUGAUCCGGAGCCAUCAAAACCGAAAAGUGCUAGUGGUGUGACCGGCGUGACCAAACGCCGCAAUGCCCCGACGCCGUUGGCGCCCACACAAUCUCUGCCGCUGCCCCUAGGCGGCUCGAAGGCCACCAAACGUACUCGAGACCUGCUGUCGCCGCUGCCCAUCUUUGACGAUAACAGCAACACUCAAAGAGAAACUGCGCGGCGGCCAGCGCUGCGAUCAAAGGAUACGGGCCUUUCACCGGCCAAGCGGGGCAGAACAGCUCUCUCUGCUGCCGAGUCGUCUCCGGCUAUACUCUCUUCCUCCAGAGCCCCAUCCGCGUCCGUCGCGCCCAGUUCUUCGCGCCGCAAGGCACCGCUCAUCUCGGACCAAGAGAACGCUCCCCCACCUCGCGUGUUUGGCGAGCUUGAAGGCUCUCCUGCGACCCGUACGCGCUCAAAGACUCGAGGGUUCGACUUUUCCAUCACGCUGUCUCCCCUCACUUUCAGGGACAGUCCUCAGCAUCGAAGGCGCUCCGAGGUUGAGCGUUUGAUGGGGGAUAUGCCAGGGCUGCGCGGGGCGGUGGAUCCGGGGCUGAGAGAUGUCAGUGAGGUGACUGAGCACGGCAGUCCGAAGAGCGGGAAAACUGAAGUGACAAAGACGCCAAGGGUUUUGGGGGAACCCGUGGAUGCGGAUGGAGCGUUGGCAGAUGUGAGCGAGGCGUAUGGGGCUAGCGGAAGCGCGCCAAUGGGGUUCUCGAGUCAGGGCGACGAAUAA